AUGGCUACAAAAACUGCGAAAGAUUUUAGCGUAGCGUUUCUUUUACGAGAUAAUAAUAACUAUUAUGAUAUUAAUUAUUUAUCUGAAUCUCUAUCAUCGAAUAAUUCAAAUGGAAUUUUAACGAUAAAUCCUGCUCAACGUAAUCAACCAGAUCCACUCGACACAAAAAUUUGUUCAUUGAGAAAACAUAAAAAUGGCCGAAAACCACGAACACCAUUUACUACAGCGCAAUUGCUUGCAUUAGAACGAAAAUUUAAUGAUCGACAUUAUUUAUCGAUAUCGGAACGUGCUGAAUUUUCUCUCUCACUUAAUCUAACCGAAGCACAAGUUAAAAUUUGGUUUCAAAAUCGUCGAGCAAAAGAAAAACGUUUAUGCGAAGCUGAACUAGACAAAUAUCGUUUUAUGCAAUUGAAAGAUCAAUUAAAUCAACACUACGCAAUGACACCAGCAUAUUUUCCAUUUUCAUGA